AGUCCAUUGAAAUGACUAAAAAAAAAUGCAUGAAAUUAUUUCCAGUAUUGAAUUCCGGUAAAAGCAACAACAGCAUUGCUGUCAACAUGUUGGUUGUGAAAAAUGUGCGUGCUUCUGUAUCAACAAUGAAAUUUUUCAGAUUCUUUCAAGAUUACGCAAAUAAUUGGGAUUAUGACUGCAAAAAUGCUCAAAGAAUAGGUAACAAAGGUAACGGAGGUUGGUUCAUGUGCAUGGAUCCAAGCUAUAUUCCAAAAUCUCCAUGCAUCGUAUAUUCAUUUGGAAUAGGCAACGACUGGUCUUUUGAUGAUUCCGUAUCACGUAUGUUUAAUUGCGAAGUACACGCUUUCGAUCCAACCAUAAAGAUUAAAUCUCACAUGAGGGAUAAUAAAAUAAAUUUUCACGCAUUAGGAUUAAAAGAUUUUGAUGAAUACGAUUUUAAAGACGAAAAAAAGGCUUAUCUUACUUUACCAAGUAUUAUGAAGCAUUUAAAUCAAUCAGAUCAGGUCAUAGAUUACCUCAAAAUAGAUAUAGAGACUUGGGAAUGGCCUUCUUUAAACGCUUUAAGUGAUAGCAAUUUCUUACGGUACAAGGUUAAACAAUUAGUAGCCGAAUUUCAUUUUUACGGUAAAAAUGGAUUAGGUUAUAUGCAAAGUGUGUUAAUUAAGCUAAAAAAGAAUGGCUUGAGACUUUAUAAAUCUAAAGCGAAUCCCGGAUGCAAACUAACGCAAGUCGGAGUCUUUGUGUAUUUUAAUUGUUUCGAACUACAUUUUGUGAAUAUCAACUUUCUUAAAAAUAUUCCAACCACUUAA